AUGCCGUCCGUUAUCCCAGGCGCUGAUGUCGAAAGCCUUCGUGAAGGCCGUGAUACCGAUGUCGUUAUGAGCAAAGCCAGGAUGCAUUUACGCAUCCUUCAUGCUGAACUUGAGUACCUGGCAGAACAAAAUGUUCAAUUUGAGAACCCUGAGUUCCAACGACUUGCAUCUCUAAUAACCGAAAAAUUCCCUGGAAACGCUGUUGACAAUGAGUCGGCUCAACCUCCAGAGACAGCUGAUGUCAACCAAUUGGAGGUUCCACCCGUUCCUCAGAUUUUCCUCGUGAACAAACCAUACACUGGUAAAACCCACGAAUUUCUUACAGCGAGGCCCGGGGACUCAAUCAUCGUCCAUGCAUGGAUCCAAGGGAACGAAGCCAUGGGUUACAAUGAAGUAAAUGAUUCUUUUGGCCGCAUCCCUUCUACGUUUCUGAAAAAAAUUGGCUCAGAGCCAAAACACCAGGAAACUUUUCUUCUACCUCAGGAGUUUUGUGGCCCACAGAUUUCUGCAAGUUUUCUGCCGUGGAAGUCGGGAGAUCGGAUCAGGGUUUGCAAGUGGGAGGAUGGUUGCAAAAUCAGAGGAAUCGGAUUUAAUCUUGCUAAAGGUCAAAUUGGAAACUUUUCCAUGUCGUGCCAUCCCCAGCGUAAGUGA